AUUGUGAGGUGGAAAAAAAUAUUUGUUGAUGAAAACAAAUUAGAAGAAAAUUAGAAAAAUUAUGGAGAAAACCUGUGAAAAGCUAUCAAAUUUAUCUAUAGAUGAAACAGCUGAAGAAGCAAGUGAACACGACUGUCUAAAAUGGGGAUUGCCGCUCAAUGAAAUUUAUAAAUUAAGUUUAAAAUUUUACAAAGAUAAAUCUGGAAAAGCUGUUCAUCUAAGUUAUGAAGAGAAUUUGAAACUUGUGGCUUUAACCAUGCAAGCAAAUCAUGGCCCGAUGGAGCAUCAGAAAUUGGAAGCUUUAGGAGUGUUUGAUGUCAUCGGUAAAAAUAGGAGAGAACAAUGGGCAACAUUAGGACUCAUGUCAAAAUUACAAGCUAUGGAAGGAUUUAUUGAUCUUUUAGAUCGCCUCUGUCCAGCAUUCAAACCUUACGUUGAAGCCAUUAAGAAGGAUCAAGAAGAGAAGAAGAAACAGGCCAAGAUUGAUGAGGAAAAAAAGCUCGCAGAUUUAGAAGUUGAACAGAAGCGUCAAGAAGAAAGAAAGAUUAUUGAGUAUGAGAAACAUCGAGAGGAGAUACAAAGAAGGAAACUUCAAGAUGCUUUAAACCAACAAACUUUUUACCAGUUCAAAGAUUAUGCCGAGAAGCAAUUUCCCGGUAAUCCUGAACAACAAGCAAUUCUCAUCAAGCAACUUCAAACUGAACAUUAUCAUCAAUAUCUCCAACAAUUACAAUCACAGUUACAUCAUAAUGAGUUGAAAAGCACAGAUUCACAAAAGAAAGAUGUGAUGAAUUCAAAAGAACAGGAAAUGAGUCUUAUUGAAGAGAGAGAGAAAUGCGAUAGCGACGAAGAAUCGGGAGAGUAUGCAGUUGUUCAACCCGCGAAUAUGUGGACACGAAGUGACAUUAAAGAAUUUAAACACGAAGUCAUGAAUGCUGGUGGCGAUGGCGUUAUUAGAGUUGGACAUGGUGAUUGUUUAACUGUUCGUGUUCCUACACUUGAAGGUGGUUCGAGUCUGUUCUGGGAGUUUGCAACUGAUAGUUACGACAUUGGAUUUGGUGUUUAUUUUGAAUGGUCAAAACCUGAUACAACUGAAGUAACUGUUCAUGUCAGUGAAUCUGAUGAUGAGCUUGAUGAAAAUGAAGCUGAAAAUGAUGACGAAGAAGAAAUCACAAGCAUUGACGAUCUCGAAUCAGGAAGUCAACAAAUGCAACAGAUUAAACCUACGGCAGUCAUCAACCGACCACCUCUCUCUAUCAUUGUUCCUGUUUAUCGUCGUGAGUGUCAAAAUGAAGUCUACGCUGGUUCUCAUAAUUACCCCGGCGAAGGAACUUAUCUUCUAAAGUUCGACAACACAUACUCAUUAUGGAGAUCGAAGACACUUUAUUAUCGAAUAUUUUACACGCGAUAAAACAAAUUAUCUAAAUAAUCAUUUAACCAAAUAUUUAGUUGAAACUUUCUGAUAUUUUUUAUUAUAUUCUUAAAAAGAAAAAAAAAGCGGAAAUAUCUAAUGAGCCAAAAGCUAACUACGUUGAAAGAAUGUUUAUCGACAUCACAAUAACUGUUCAUGUUCUUAUUGCAAAAUUAAUUUAUCUAUAAGUUAAAAGAAAAAGAAGAAAUCUUUAAUGAAUGUUAAAAAAAUUAAGGAAAUGUUCACAUCCUUCAUGACUAUUUAUGUAAUCGAUUAUCAUCACCGUUGUGAAAAUCCUUUAUCGAUGUUCUUCAACUUUCAAUUGUAUUGUUUUUAAAUAAACGUGAUUCAAUUCUGGAUUGCCAACAUUCCAGUCAGGUUAGAUUCAUGUAACAUGAUAAUGUAGAAUGAAAUGAAUAAAUGAAUGUGAAGAAAAAAUCAAAUAUGAAAGUUCUAC